AUGACUACCCCCACCAUUAAGCUGAGCAGUGGCUUUGAAAUGCCCCUCGUGGGCUUCGGUCUGUGGAAGGUGAACAAUGAUACCUGCGCAGACCAAGUCUAUAACGCCAUCAAGGCGGGCUACCGUCUCUUCGAUGGCGCCUGCGACUACGGCAACGAAGUCGAGUGUGGCGAAGGUAUCACCCGCGCUAUCAAAGAUGGCCUCGUCAAGCGCGAGGACCUCUUCAUCGUCUCCAAGCUCUGGAACAGCUUCCACGAUGGCGACAAGGUCGAGCCUAUCUGCCGCAAGCAGCUCGCCGACUGGAACAUCGACUACUUCGACCUGUACAUCGUGCACUUCCCCAUUGCCCUGAAAUACCUCGACCCCUCCGUCCGCUACCCUCCCAGCUGGACCACCGCCGACGGCAAGGUUGAGCUGAGCACAGCCUCCAUCCAGGAAACCUGGACCGCAAUGGAGUCUCUCAGUGACAAGAAGCUCGCUCGCAGUAUCGGUGUUAGCAACUUCAGCGCCCAGCUGCUGAUGGAUCUGCUGCGCUAUGCCCGCAUUCGCCCUGCUACCCUGCAGAUCGAGCACCACCCCUAUCUUACUCAGACCCGGUUGGUGGACUAUGCGCAGAAGCAGGGUCUUGCUGUGACUGCUUACUCGUCGUUCGGACCACUCAGCUUCCUGGAGUUGAACCUGAAGGAUGCGCACGGCACCAAGCCGCUGUUUGAGCAUAGUAUUGCGGAUAAGCAUGGACGUACUCCGGCGCAGGUCUUGUUGCGCUGGGCUACACAGAGGAAGAUUGCUGUUAUUCCUAAGAGUAACAGCCCUACUCGCUUGGCGCAGAACUUGGCUGUGAAUGACUUUGACUUGGAGGCGAGUGAGAUUGAGGCCAUCAGUGCUUUGGACAAGGGUCUGCGCUUUAACGACCCCGUUGCUUACGGUCUGGAUAUCCCUAUCUUCUAA